AGUUACCAACCUUUUUGUAAAAAUUGUCAUUGUGAAACAGCGUUGCGCCAGUUUGUUCCGAUUUUAAAAAGAAGAAAGAUUACUCGAACAAAUCUUACUGGACAAGAUGAUUGCAGCAUUUUUGGUUCGUAUCGAUGGUUUGCUGCGUUGCAAGUAACCUAGAAAGACUACACCAUAAGUGGCUGCUAGUAGCAAGAAAAUCUGUUGAAGCCAGAGACAGCCCAGCUGACAUCUGUUAGCUAUGUCCCACUCAUUUGCCCUCGUUGAUGAUGCAGUGCGGUCGGUUAACACAAUGGAUGACUACUUCAAUGUCGGGAUGGAUAUCUGCACCGACAUUGGGCUCGAAUUUAUGGAAAAUGCCAAACCAGAAGAUGACACCAGUUCAUGCAUACACAAAUUCAAAGAUGUUAUGAUUAAACUGGUGAACAUGAAUAAUGAGGUACAGGCCCUGAAAACUGCAGUGGAGGAAGUCAAAGCUAGGGACCCAGAAAGCAAUGAAACCCUAGCAGAGGUGUUGGAAGCAAGGCUGGCUGUGUUGAAGUCAAACUUUGCAGACGCCCAAUACCAUGAGAAAGUCAAGGAAUUCCAAGAGAAAAUGUCCAAAGCUAUGAAGCAAGAGAGCUCCAGCAAGUCUGGACUGGGAGAGAUGGAGAUUGAGGUAUCCCAGGGGACCUUGACCUUCAAGUGUCCGUACACUGGGAAGGUAAUGGAGUGUCCUAUGCGCAACAAACACUGCGGCCAUUCCUAUGAGAGGGACGGCAUCUUGCAGUACAUCAAACAGAGGCAGAAGAAGGCUAAGUGCCCAGUGGUCGGGUGUGCCAAUGAGAAGCCCAUCGUGCAGGAGGACCUCGUAGAAAAUAGGGAGCUCAAGCGUUACAUCGAACGCAAAAUAAAGUCUCAGUGAAUAGGCUUUUCGGACACAGUUAUUCGUGCCUUCCUGCUUUGUUAUUUGUGAACAUUUUAACCUCGUUUUGGGAAAAUAGGGUUAAAUACAUGUGUGUAAAGUAUCGUUCAGUCUGAAAAGAAUAAUAAGGGACGACACUUACCGCCUUAACUUGAUUUUCUCUUAGAAAAGUCUUCUUUUAACCCUUUCAGUGCGGGAACCGAAUUUUGAAGGCCUUUGCAAACAGUUUGGAUCCAGAUGAGACGCCACAGAACGUGGCGUCUCAUCAGGAUCCAAACUGUUUGCUAUUCUGAUAAUAUUCUUCGAACAAAAUCGAAGAAAAUGCUAAUUUUAGAAAUUCAGCAGACGACAUUUUAGCAGACGACAAAUUUCCCAGCAUGCAAAGGGUUAAACAACAAAUGCCAAAACAGUGGCAAGUGUCGUCCAUGACUAGCCAUGAUAAGCAUGCACAGGCUAGUCUGGGACGAUACUUUUUGCACAUGUAUUAAGCCCAGUGUUUUCGGAACGAGGCUUGUGUUUUUACUUGUUUAACCGUUGAACUGACCAAGAGGUAUUCUCUGUCGUUGUCUAUUGCAUAACAUGUGUCAUUCAUGAUAGGAUUUGAAAUAAAAGGGCACAAAUCCUCAACAUGUUAGUUGAUUAAUCAGAACCAUCCGUGAUUGAUAAAUCAAUAAGAGUAAAUAUGUGUGUAUGUGGCAUUGUAUUAUUUGUGAUUUAUUAAUCAAUUAGACUUUAUACAGGUGUAUGUGGAAUUGUUUUAUUUGUGAUUAAUUAAUCAAUUAGACUUAAUAUGUUGACUUGUAUUAUUUGUAAUUAAUUAAUCAGUUAGACUUUAUAUAUUUAAUUAAAUAAUUCAUGAUAAAUUAAUAAAAUAAACUAGAUAUGUGGAAUUGAUAAUUCAGUCGGACCAUGUCAUUUAAUCAUGUCAUCAAUUUAAAUGUGAGUUAAUCCUUUUUGUAAUGUGUGGUUUUAGUAUAUUAACUCAGCCUGUGGUUUAAAGCACACAAAAAACCACUAAGUUAAUUGAAUUAAAACUGCUGAAGUAAAUUCUGCUUACUGUUUAGUAAUUUGUUUAAAUAUGAAAAGGUACUUUGUAAUGCACCCCUUGAUAUUUCUGAAAUGUCGUUAAAAGCAAGUAGGCGUACAUAUCAUUACGAAUAAAAACCAAUACAAUACUUAAAUUGAAAAAAACACUUAAUAAUACAGAAUGAUAUAUAAUAAGGUCCUUGCAUUUUAAAUUGUGACAAUUAUGAGAUGUAUUUAUAAUAUAUAUUUAAAGGUUUAAAUCUACAUACACAAAAAUAUUUUAGAAAAUACAGUUUUGUUAGUAUCAAAGAAAUGUACAUGUUUUAUGCCCCCGAAGGAGGGAAUAUAGUGAUCGGACUGUCCGUCCGUCUGUCCUUCAGUCACACUUUGCAUUUUGGUUUCGAAAAAUGCUCAUAACUUCAAUGUCUCUUCACAUACCAACUUGAUAUUUGGCAUGCAUGUGUAUCUCAUGGAGCUGCACAUUUUGAGUGAUGAAAGGUCAAGGUCAUCCUUCUAGGUCAAAGGUAAAAAACAUGUAUCAAAGCGGCUUAGUAGGGGGCAUUGUGUUUCUGACAAACACAUCUCUUUUUUUUAUCUGUUUGUCAACAUCAUUUCAUGUCUCAGGUUCUAUUCGUCAGGAUUAUUUGCUUAAAUGAUUCAUCAGCACAUCACCAAUAUUUGAGCCUUGUUCUGGGAAAAAGGGGCUUAAUGCAUGUGUGUAAAGUGUUGUCACAGAUUUAACCGGUGCAGUUUGCACAGGCUUAUCAUGGACUACAUUUCCGCCUUAAGAAACGUCCUUCAGCAAAAAAAUACAAUAAUAUCGGAAAGUGUCGUCACUGAUUUGCCUGAUAAGACUGGGUGUAAACUUUAUGCACAGGCAUAAAGCAGUUUUCGUGAAACGGGUCUCAUAUAUAAUUAUGAUGUCAUCCAUUUAUUGUUAGAAGUUGGCAAGUAAUUUGUGAACAUAUGUGUUUGUUGAAACAUUUAUGUUGAAGUUAGAUACUUGUGUUUGAAACAAUAGAUGCUCAGCAUUUUUUUGCACUUUUCUGUUGAUAGAACAAACAAAAAAUAAAAAAGAGUAAAUAGCUAUUGUAUAUACUGACUCAUAGAAAUAUGAGGAGAUGAUAUAUGUGGACUUAAUUUUUCUGAGUAAAAAGUGUAAGAACA